GUGCGCGCGUGUGUGUGCGGUGCGCGCGUGUGUGUGUGUGCGCGCGUGUGUGUGUGAGCGCGUGUGCGCGCGUGUGCCCGCGCCGCGGGUGCGGGUGCGCGCGUGUGUGUGCGGAUCCCACAUUUCCUCCCAUCCCGAGCCUCCCUGUCCGCUCCCAUAUCACUCACUGCCUGGCAUCUGACAGCACGGAACCUGCGGCGCUCCGCGCACACACACGCACGCACACACACACACCGCGCACACCCGGGCACCGCUCCGCCAUACGGCUCUGCGAGGAGGAGGAGGACAGGACAGGGAAGGGAGGAAGCAGCCAGCCCCACAGUCUCUCCAGAGCUGCCUUUUUAAUAUAUACAGAUCUAUUUUGUUAUUUAUUUAUUACCGUUCUCUGGCACUGUGGGCGCCUUUCAUUUGCUCCUGAGCUUGGAUGUUUGAAUCAAAGCAAAGCAAGUGUUGCAACAGUUAAAAAAAAAAAAAAAAAAAAAAAAACAAAAAAAAAAAAAAAAAAAAAAGGGAGAGAGAGAAAGAGAGAGAGAGAGAAAGAAAGAAACCUAGAUCUCUAAAAUAAAAUAAAAACCAAACAGGUUCCUAUCAGUGAAGUGGAAAGGAGGGGGGCAGGGGAGGCUUGAGGGGGGUGCUGGGGAAGCAGCUGAGAGGCAGAGGAACACGGCUCAGGAGCGUCUCAGGGCUCUCGGAUCUGGGGACAGAAGUGAGAUUGGAGAAAGUAGAGCGAUGCCAAGGAGGAAACAGCAAGCACCCAAACGGGCUGCAGGUUAUGUCCAAGAGGAAGAUUUAAAGGAAGAGGAAGAUAUAAAGGAGGAGGAAGAAGAUGACGAUGACAACAACUCCACUGCUCAGCUGCAGAGCAGCAAUGACACUGGCACGGAUGAGGAGCACGAAGUGGGUCCUGAGCAGAAAGGGAACUUUAGUUUCCAGAAUUCCCCUGUCAGUCACAUAUCCAACCAGGACGCGGAGAACGAAUCACUACUGAGUGACGGUAGUGACCAUGUGGCAGAUAUCAAAAACAUCUGCUCCAGGGAGCCCCAGGACCCCAAAAGCAGCGCCCACCCCAAAGCCCAGAGCGAAGCACACGAUUGCAUGGAUAAAAUGACAGCAGUCUAUGCCAACAUCCUGUCGGACUCUUACUGGACAGGCUUGGGGCUGGGUUUCAAGUUGUCCAACUCUGAAAAGAGGAGUUGCGACAACAGGAACGGAGGGAACAAAGCUGAUUUCGAUUGGCACCAAGACGCACUGUCCAAAAGCUUGCAGCAGAAUUUACCUUCCAGGCCUGUCUCCAAGCCCAACCUGUUCAGCUCGGUGCAGCUCUACAGGCAGAGCAGCAAAAUGUGCGGGACUGUGUUCACGGGCGCCAGCCGGUUCCGCUGCCGGCAGUGCAGCGCUGCCUACGACACCUUGGUAGAGCUCACGGUCCACAUGAACGAGACAGGCCACUACCAGGAUGACAACCACAAAAAGGACAAGCACAGACCUACCAGCUACUCCAAGCCCCGGAAAAGGGCGUUCCAGGACAUGGACAAGGAAGAUGCACAAAAAGUUCUGAAGUGUAUGUUCUGUGGUGACUCUUUUGAUUCCCUUCAAGAUCUGAGUGUUCAUAUGAUAAAAACAAAGCAUUACCAAAAAGUGCCUUUGAAGGAGCCGGUACCAACCAUUUCUUCAAAAAUGGUCACUCCAGCCAAGAAACGUGUGUUUGAUGUGAACAGGCCUUGCUCCCCUGACUCCACGACAGGGUCUUUCUCAGACACCUUCUCUCCUCAGAAGAACGCAAACCUGCAGCUCUCCUCCAACAACCGCUACGGGUACCAGAACGGGGCCAGCUACACCUGGCAGUUCGAGGCCUGCAAAUCCCAGAUUUUGAAGUGCAUGGAAUGUGGAAGCUCCCAUGAUACCUUGCAGCAGCUCACAACCCACAUGAUGGUCACUGGCCAUUUCUUGAAAGUCACGAGUUCAGCUUCAAAGAAAGGAAAGCAACUUGUUCUGGAUCCUUUAGCUGUGGAAAAAAUGCAAUCGCUGUCUGAAGCACCAGCCAGUGACAGCCCCGUUUCAAAAUCAACCAGUAAAUCAUCUGCAGAAUGCAUAGGUCCUGCCUCUGAACUUAAAAAAGAAAGUAAAAAAGAUAAAGCUGAUGAUGCAAACAAAGAUGAGAAAGCAAUGAAAACUGAGGAGUACGAAGACACUCUUCAGAAACCCCUGGAUCCCACAAUGAAAUACCAGUACCUCCGAGAAGAAGAUUUAGAAGAUGGUUCAAAGGGUGGUGGGGACAUUUUAAAGUCCUUGGAGAACACUGUCACGACAGCCAUCAAUAAAGCUCAGAAUGGAGCUCCCAGCUGGAGUGCUUACCCCAGCAUCCACGCAGCUUACCAGCUCUCCGAGGGAGCCAAGCCGUCCUUGCCUGUGGGAUCCCAGGUGCUCCAAAUCAGGCCAACCAUGACCAAUAAAUUGAGGCCCAUAGCGCCCAAGUGGAAGGUGAUGCCUCUGGUCCCUAUCUCAGCAAACGUGAGCCAGUGCACUCAAGUGAAGAAGGAGGCUGAGGACAAGGAGGAGGUACAAAAGGACUGUGCUAAGGAGGGUGUCCAGGCUGAGCCAGCCUCGCUCAGCCAGAGCGAGAGGGAACCUCUCCUCAAAGCUGAAGCCUCUGUGGAGCCAAAAAAGACAGAACCGUGUCCCUUGAAAGAAGAAGACAAAAUUAAAGAGGACAGUGGGAAAGAAAAGCCAGUCCUCAAGGAGCCACCAGCAGCUUCUCUCAGCAAUGGUUGUGCUGCUGCCAACCAUUCCUCGGAGCUGCCCUGUGUGAACCCCCUGAGUGCACUGCAGUCCGUCCUGAACAAUCACCUGGGCAAAGCCACUGAGCCCUUACAGCCUCAAUCCAACUGCAGCCCCAGCUCUAGCACAAUUUCCAUGUUCCACAAACCCAAUCUAAACAUGAUGGAGAAGCCAGUUUUAUCUCCCGCUCCAACCCCACCAAAGCCUGCAAGUGUAUCCAGGCACUAUUUGUUUGAAAACAACGAUCAGCCUAUUGACUUGACCAAAUCCAAAGGCAAGAAAGCUGAGUCAGCUCAAGCACAAUCUUGUACUUCUCCACCUCAAAAGCACGCUCUGUCUGACAUCGCUGACAUGGUCAAAGUUCUUCCCAAAGCUACCACACCAAAACCUGCUGCAUCCUCAAGGAUCCCGUCCAUGAAGUUGGAAAUAGAUGUCCGGCGCUUCGAGGACGUCUCCACGGAAGUCUCCACUCUGCAUAAAAGGAAGGGCAGGCAGUCAAACUGGAACCCUCAGCAUCUGCUCAUUUUGCAAGCUCAGUUUGCUUCCAGCCUCUUCCAGACAUCUGAAGGUAAAUAUUUAUUAUCAGAUCUAGGCCCACAAGAGCGCAUGCAGAUUUCCAAAUUCACUGGACUGUCGAUGACCACCAUCAGCCACUGGUUGGCAAAUGUCAAGUAUCAACUUAGGAAAACCGGAGGAACAAAGUUUUUGAAAAACAUGGACAAAGGACAUCCAGUCUUUUAUUGCAGCGACUGUGCAUCUCAGUUCCGAACCCCCUCUACUUACAUUAGCCACUUAGAAUCCCACCUAGGUUUCCAAAUGAAAGACAUGAACAGGCUGGCUGUGGAGCAGCAAACCAAGGUAGAGCAAGAAAUCUCCAGAGUUUCAGUUCAAAGAUCUCCUGAAACAAUAGCUGGAGAAGAGGACACAGACUCUAAGUUCAAAUGUAAGUUGUGCUGUCGGACAUUUGCGAGCAAACAUGCAGUAAAACUUCAUCUAAGCAAAACACACAGCAAGUCACCAGAACACCAUUCACAAUUUGUAGCAGAAGUGGAUGAAGAAUAACUCUUAAGGACGAUUGCCUUAGUCCAGCUCUCCAGCCCAGCUCCGCGCCCGGCCCCGCUCGCCACCGCGGCCCUGACAUUGAACUCACAGCAACCCGGACCGAGGAGGCUGCCAAAAAACUCCUGCUAUUCUUCUUCAUCCUCACUAACAAUUUGGUAAUGAAGUAUUGAUUUCCACUCCCCUGCUUAUGGACGAUAUUAGAUUUUCAUUGAUAAACUGCACUGGGGCUGUCUGGUCUCCACUGUCCCUUUUUGCUGUCACUAAAACAAAGUGCCACUGAAGUAAGAUAAUGACUGAGAACAUUGAUGUACUUAUUUCGUCAAUUUGUAACACUUGACAGGAAAAAAAAAUUCUUCAUAGUUUAAUGUCCAAGUGUGCUACACAAGAUGCAGUCACAUUGGAAGCUUUGCUUUUCAUGGUAAUGUCCAUUUCCUAUUUAUAACCCCUUUGGGAUAGUUUGUCUAAAGGAAAUGUUUCUAUUCUGUGCAGCUAUUACUGUUGCACCUGGGUUGCCCAAUCCAGUCAUUGCACUAGGGAUCAAUACAUCACAGUAAGUACAAGAAUUAUUAAGUUAAAACAGAUUCUGAGCCAAAAAACCUCUGAACAAUGUUAAUCUUCUGUGCAAGUUGUUCAAAUAGUUAUGCUUAACCAUGUUGCUGCCAAAGAUUUGUUUGAAAUGGAUUAUUUUCCGUUUGUUUUAUUCCUCAGAUAUAUAUAUAUAUUUAAAUCUCCAUUACGGUUUAUGACGAGACAUAUGGGAUGGAGGGGUUUUUAAACAAAAGUACUAUUGUUAGAUUAUUGAACAUUAUAUAAAUAUAGAUAUAUCUAUAUAUAAAUAUCACUAUAUAAAUAUCUAUAUAUAGAUAUAAAAGAAUAAAAGUAGAGUUCCUUUCUCAGUUAGGUGAGUGUAAAUCUGAAGCUCUGUUGUGGUCAACAGAGUGACUUUGGAUUUGUGCCACCAAAACUGGGAUCAGAAUCUGGUGUCCGAGCUCUGUCCGGCCCGGCCAGCACUGCCGGCCGCGCCUUCAAACCCACCCCGACCUGGGAGAAGGGGGCUACAAAAAUGGCAAUUCCAAAUUUGUGCUUGUAACUUUUUUCAUUAAAACUUCGAGGCCCCAGUUUUAAUUUGUGGAAUAUUCACGUUAAUAAUGAGAUCUAAUUAAGACAUCCAUUAAAAGCCCGUUAAAGUUAAUUUAACGUAAAAAUUCCAAUAGAACUGUAUUAGAUUUUCUCCAUUAAAUUAACGUUAUGGAUUUUUAACGGAUGUCUUAAUUAUACAUUAUUAUUAACGGGAAUACUGUAUUACACAGAUUAAAAUCGGGUCCCAAGUCAACUCCCAGAAUCUUCCAGGAUAUGCCAAUGUCACGAGUCCCACUGUUCCUAGUGCACUGCUUGGAAAUCCAGGCACAGCCCUGCUUGCUCUCACUCAGAGACAACAACCUCCAGCAGACAAAUCCAUCUCUGCAUUUAACGAUGAACUUCCCUUAUUCUCCAAGGAAAAAUAAGUCUGGAUCAAGUUGUAAAUCGCUAUUCCGUGGCAAAUGAAAUAUUCAAAGUAUGUGAGGCACAAGUGGAGAAGAGGCUCUUUCUCAAAUCAGAAAGGGCUUUGGAGUGGCUUUUCCUGUUGUUUUGUUCACGAUGUUCAAGGAUAUAAUUGAAGAGCAGCAGUCAGAAAAUCAGACUAAACACGUUCCCUGCAUUCCCUGUGGCCUGUGCAGAAGGGCCUGUUUUGGCACUGCUUGGGAAAUUUUGACAUGAUCCCUAAACUCAACAUGGAGGAGAAAAAAAGGCCCUUCUUAUUUACCUCCUAGGGAAAGUGUUGCCCUUAUGCCACAUAUAAUAGCAAAUUGCUUUUUUUAUGGCAUGCAUAACCUAGAUGGGAAAAAAUAUGGCGCUUGAGGGAAGGAGGGAAAAAGUAAAUGAAGUUCCAGGAAUGUCAUUCUGAAGUAAUGAGGCAUGGACAGAAAAUAUACCCCUCACAUCAUCGGAUUGAGAUGGCAGUCGAAAUAGCUUCAUUGAAGUGUCAGCACUCAUCCAUCAAUCAAUCAUCCACAAGGAAAAAUAGCGACAGUACAACGGGGCGGCUUUUAUGGGAUUUACUCAUGGGCAUAGGGAAUAGCAGCUCAAAUGUAGUUCUGACAUGAAAAGCAAGGUGCUGAUAUUAUUUUUUAUGAUGGGAGGAUCAUAAAGUGAAUUGAGAACAGUGAGGUCUGUCUUUGCUUAACCUAUUCAACUGGAAAUGAACGGAGCUCAACUGGAAACGAGCAGAGCCUUCAGAUGGGUUAAGAUUGAAGCCUGCACCAUGCUGAGCACCGGCCAUCGACAACAAAAUUCUAUUAAAGCAAAAUCAAUGCAUUAGCAUCGAGCUCCUCAGAAGCUGUUAAAUUGCACAGCCCAGGCCAGAGUUAUGAGGUGAAGUUGCACAAGGUGGGUCCUGUGGUGCCGACCCAAAGGCCACAAGCACUGCAGAAAAUCACCCGGGGGAGAAACUGCACAUGGGCUCCUUUACCUGAGCUUUUGGGUGCAGGGAGAAAAUAUUGGGCUUCUCACAGCGUGUGGCAGGUGAAGCUCCCAGCCCUGAUGCUGUCACUGCUGGGAGUUUGGCUGGUUUUUAAUUGGAUUCUCCACGCAGGGGUUUGCACCUGUGGCAAGGCCAGGCUGUAGGAAUUCCCACAUGGGGAGCUCUCGGGAGCCUCUUCCCACAAAAAGGAGGACUGGGGUCCCCAGCCAGCCCACAGCACCCGGAGCUGGGGCUAUUUGGGGCACCAGCUGCUCAGUUUUGGUGGGAAAUAAGCCUUUAUGGUGCCCUCAGGGUGACCAUAGGGUACAUGGCCCCAUCCAGGACCCCGGAGCUGCAAAAGUUUGGGGAGAUUUUGGAAAGGCCAAACCCCCUGAGGGAGGUCAGGUUUUGCUCAGGAGCCUUCACUGUGUGGGAGCAGCUACUCUGUUUAAAGAUCUGGCCACAAACCUUUUCACACAGUACUAAAGCUUGAUUAUUUUGCCUGCAUCGCUGUCCUCGGGGAACGUUUUAGGUACACAUUUGAAUUAAGUGAUUUUUAUUUUUUUUUUACAAUACGAUAUAAAAAAGGGAAAAUGUACGUCUCUCCUCUCUUUUCUCUGUACGAAACUGGAUGAGUUGAUAGUUUUUCUGUCAUAUAAAUCAGGUAGCACAAAAAAUCAUUGCAUCUUUUCUCUGUCGUUGCUACUCAAUAUCUAUCGUUCUGACUUUUAUUCUUAUUGGAGAUCAUCAAAACAUUAAUUAAAAGGCUGGUGAUCAAACAGCCGAAUAUUUAUGAUUCACGCCCUUGCUUAUUAACAAGUGGCAUAUUGAUACACCACAUAUCCAAGCUGUUUAUGCUCUUGCACUGAAAUAAAGCAGGAAGAAUUGUUACCCUUACACACUGCUUUGAAAGAUUUAUUCAGAAACCAGAGCUCCCUUCCCGCCACCAUCCAUGUCAAAAUAAGCCAUAUCACCUGAAAAAAAAAUGUUCUAUUUUAAAACAGGGAUGUAAUUAGCAUCCCUUUGGGGCCUAAUAUGUAAGAAUUUCAGUGGAUCAGUCUCAGGUGGUUUUCCCAGGUUUUUGUUACUUAAGCUGAGAGGGAGAAGGACACUUAACUUUAAAAAUGGCUGUCAUUAGUACAAUAAUAAUUGUUGGGUUAAAAGAAUAUCUUUGAGAAUCUGCUAACAAACCUGCCCAGUAAUUACUUGUCAAUGCAAGUUAUUAUGGGUUUUAUUACCUACUUGUAAAAGUAUUUACAAGACUGACCUCCCUAGCUUUUUUAGAGAUGAGGGAGGAUAUAAAAAGUCAUUUUAAAAAUCAAUAAUUAUAUAUUAGCACGAUAGGGGGUGAAGCCUUCCAAGCCAGUUUUACAGGCGAUUGAGUCAACUCUCAUGCAUUCAAAUGGCAGGAUUGUUUCCCUAAUUUUUGGCCUCUUUUUCUUUCCUUAAUCAUGUUUUGAUAAAGUGCCAUAUUUAUCGAUUACUUCAUACCCGCAGUUCAGCUCCUAAACCAGAAGGGGAUAUUCCCACUGGGAAGAACCCGUGCAGGAUUUGCAUGGAAAACGAGCUGCCCCAGGUGACCAGGACAAAGCAAUCUUGGGGUUUUGGGUGGCAGCUGAGCUGCUGAGGGGACACUGGCUCUGUGCUGGCUCCCCUGGCCUGAUCCAGACACUCAGGGUCUUGCUGGGGGUGUUACUGUGGGAUCAAACCCAUUAAGAACACAAGGGAAUGAGGCAAGCAGCCUGAUUUUUGGCAGAGACUGAAGAGGUGGCUCUGGCUGGGCUGUCCCCUGUCCAUAUUCCACCGUCACUCCGGGGCUGGCAGUGGGAGAUCUCCAUCACACAGGGCUUUUGUCCUCACCAACAGAUAUACGAUGCAAUUUAUAUUUAAAAUUCUCUCUAUAAAGACAGUAUUGAUCACAGAUUCCAGAUCAAUACGUUGCAAUUACAGCAGGCUUUAAAGGCCAUCUGUCCCCAGGCAGGAGCGCCGUGUGAGCCACUUCCAUGGACUGUCAGCAAGUGCUACUGGAAUGUGCCCAUCUUGUCCCAGCACAGACAUGUCAUUUCUGCUCCCAGGAAGUUGGGUUAGGAAUUAUGGAGCUGUAACUCCUGGGUAUUGACCACCCCAGAGCCCCCAGACUGCUUCUCCUUCGGUUUCACAGCAGGGUCAGUGACACUGGGGUUUUCCUCACCUGGGUUUUCUGCUCCCUGUCACAAUUUGUCCCACAAAUUUUUUUCUUGUCCUCAGCUGGAAAUGGUCAGCAAGAAGCUCCUGAAUUUCACUAGAGCUAAGAACAUUUCCAUGAUGGUGCUGAAGAGUUUGGGUUGGACAUUGUGGGUGCAAACAGAGCCUUUUUUAUGCCACAGAAUCUUUUAGGUUGGGAAAGAUCUCCAAGAUCAUCGAGUCCAACCUUUGACCAUUUGUGUCAGUUUGGACCAGUGCAAUAUUUUUAAACAUAACAAAAUAAAGGAUAUGCAUCUAAAGGCAGAUUUCAAUUACAUUUCAUCAAUGAGGUCUUAAUUUUUCAGCACCUGAACUCAAGACUAGCCUGUUUGUUGAUGGCCCUUUUAUUCCAGAAAUGCUUCCUGGGUUUUCUUUUUUUCUACAUUUUAUUUCUUCUUUAUUUCCUGCAGUGGAAAGCAUGUAGAAUUCAGAAUUCUUAUUCUCCAGUUGUCUUGUGAAAGAAAGUGAAAGAAUAAAAUAAUAAAAAUAAUGGGUUUGCAAUGAUACUGGAAGCUGACUCACCUUUGCACCCCACACUUGCUGUGCCACAUCCCCCCAUCCUCCCUGCAAGCACCUCCCUCCCAUUUCAGUCCAAUGUCUGAAAAACAGAGGCCAGAUUCUGGAUGCAUUUAUUCCUGUGUAGAUCCAGAGCCACCCUUUCAAAUCCAGCAGAUUUACCCUCUGUCUUCUCAGCUCCAAACGCCAUCCUCAUGUCCCAACCUCAGAUUCUGAACAUAUUUAGGCAUUUUUGAAAACAAGUCCAGCAAACUUCAGUCCCUAGCUCAAGGCACAUUAAAUCUCCUGUACUUGAGAAGGUUUUUAGUUAUGUCAGGGAGGUGAUUGCAAAACUUUGAUAUUGAUGUGGCCAUGUUUGUAAAAUAACACCAGCUGUAUCACUAUAAAGCACUUUAUACUGGUACAGCUCCCUCUGCUCUGCUGGACCACUUUUCUACCAGUGCAAGCACUUUCAUCCCAGUAUCCUUCUGCCUAGUGGUGGAUUUUUUGCCCUCAUUAUGCCAGAAGAGAUGUGAAGAGUAGAUGAAGUUUCAGACAACACUCAUUUCUUGUACCAAAAUGUUUGCACCAUAUUUUCUUGGAGAGUAUUUUUAAAAGUGAACUUGCUGUACCACUGGACUUAACUGCAGAGUAAUAAACUUCCAGUUCAUCAUCCCUCUCAGCUCAUGAAAUGUCUUUAGGCCUUUGUAAAAAGCCCUGUUUGAGACAACAGAUUAAACACUAAUCCUGGCGGAUCGCACAGCUCCACUUCAGUUCACACCAUCGAGCUGAGCAAACUUUUUUUUUCCUUUCUUUUUUUGAUUUAAGUAAAGGCAACAAAUUCUUUCAUUAGAUUCCUUAGAUGAGAUAGCAGGGGGAAAAACGAUCAGUAUUUCAUGAAGAAAAUGACAAUAACAUCUUGCAAAAAUGCAGCCACGUUAAAGGCAGGGAAGCUUUCCCCAUCCCCACACGACAUCACACAUCCUCCCAACCGCCUGAAACGGGGGAGAUCUCUGUGGGCAAUACUCACCUAGAACCUGGUCCAGGUAACAUUUAAGGAUGGCACUUCUGUGUGUGUCCAGGAGGACGUGCAGGUGACACAGACAUUUCCACAGCACCCAUCAGACGCGGGCACACAGGGGUGGGUGAGUGUGUGUGCAUCCCUUUGGGAGCAGGCAGCGGCUCCGGGGCUGGGGCAGCAGCUGGGCACUGCUGGCAGCAGGGACCUGCAGGAUGUGCAGGGCAGGGUCUUGGCUCUACCCCGCAGCAGAUGCUGCAAUGUGCAAUACAGGUUGCAAAAGCUGUCAAGCUCAACAGUUCUUAUUCGGCUCAGGGUACUUCUCUGUCCUACGUCUCUGGUACAAUGCGCCCUUUUGUCUUGUGCUCGGGCACCUCUUCUUAAUCCUUUGUUGGUCUUUUACUCUGUGUGUUUGUUUUGGGUUUUAUCACCUGGAACAUGUCAGCAGGAAUCAGGAGGGACCCACCCCCAGUCAGUCAUGGAGCACAGCUGGCCACACUGGUGACUUUGGAUGGGUUUGCUCUGCCCCAGCGCCAGUGCUUCGUCACACGUUUGUUGUUGGCAGCAUCCUCAGGUGACAUCUGUGACCCGUGCUGUUAGGAUCCUGUUUCGAAAACAAUAAGGAAAAUAAAGAAUCAAAAUCUCAUUUCUCUUUAAAAAAACCACAAAUGUAUAUACUCCAAAUGGCAAAAAAAGCAAGAUUAAACCCAUUUUUUAUAUGAACAAGGCAGACGGGACUCCCUGGCGAGGGCCUGGUGGUGACUCUCCCCGGCGAAUGUCUCGGUGCUCCUGCACUCAUUUUGUAACCAGUGCAUGCUGUACAGAACAUAUUGCCUGUAACUUAGAGAGGAGGGGGCCAAGCUGCUCCUCCUCGGGCACUGCAGCUUGUUUGGAUGAAAAGUUGCGCCUUUGAUGCAUUUUUAUACUGUACAUAUUUGUAUAUAUUAACUAUAUUGCCAUGUUACGAACACAGAUUUUGUUAUAUUUGCUUGUUUCGGUUUCCUACAAAAAGAAAAAAAAGGUCCAUAAUGGGGGAUAUUAUUUUUUUUUCCAUAGAAAAUACGCUUGUAAUUUCUGUUUGUUUGUUUUCUUGGUCAUCAUCUUUUAAUGGCUCAUAAAGGAUUGGAGAGGAGUUUUUGGAGGAACUGGGAGAAGCAAGUCUGUGUUUGCAUGAGACCUGCCCAAUUGCUGGCUAGAAAGGGGGGCGGGGGGAAGAGGGGAAAUCUAAGCCAAGUUUUGCUUUUAAAGCAUGCUUAGACCCAUGGGAAACUCAUACAUGUACAAUUAUUCUCUUUGUAUUUUAUCUAAUAGUGCCUGAAUUAUUUUUUUUAAUGUCUUCUUGGAGGAACAAUUCAUAAUUGUCAAAAUUUGAAACAUUAGCUUAAUUUUGUUUUCAUGACCUCUCAUUUCUUCUCCUUAUUUAUUUUGUUGCUGUUUAUAAUGGGCCCCAAGGCCAUCUCUGACAUUGCAGUGUUCUUCUUCCACAUUAAGGAUGUUUUUAAAAUUACCAAGAUUAUUGAGCCAACAGGCUGCUUUAAUCAAAACCAUGUUUCACUUGGUUUGGAUGAUUAUGAAUGGGCCUUGCAUGGAAAAAGCCCUUUCUGCUGGGAGGACCAUACCAUCUAGUGGCCCCAGAGCUUCAUCACACGCAGCAUUUCCCAAUAUUCACUUUCUCCAAGCCUGCCUGGCAAUUUGGCUCCCAAUUAUUUGCUUAUUAUAACUAACUUCAACUAAACAAAUUGAUAAUGUUAAUGGCUUCCCCCCCCUCCCCCUUCGGUUGAUUGCUAAAUAAAUUCGUAUAAUUUAUACCAGAGGAGAUUAUUGCUUUUAUUGUUUUGGGUUCCCCCAAACCAAUUAUUAACAAUCAGGACUAUGUAUCUCAUUAAAUUUAAAUCAGGUCAAACCUAUUUAUCUAAGGCCUUUUCUGAUUUACAGGAAGAUGACUGCAUUCCAGAGCAUUUAAGAUGUAUUUCUGUGUAUGUUUUUGUAGCAUUGAAAUCUAUUAAUGGUGAUUUUUUUUGUUCUGUAUUUUCACCACGGCAAACACAUUGUAUUAAAAAAAAUCCCUCAACUUUCCCACCGAAAACAUUACUUUUUAUGCCCAGGGAUUUUUUUUUUAAUAAAAUCACUGCAGUUUUAGAACUGUAAUUAAAGCCCUGAAUAAUAGAUCACACAUCUUUAUCUGUUGUGUUUAAAAGGAAAAAAAAAAAUAGCCCAAACUGUUCACAUAAUCCUGAAUGCCUCAUUUCCAUAAAAAAGGUUUCUAUACAUAUAUUAUUUACAUUUUUAAACAUGGUAAUUCUUCCCUUUGUGGCAUAAAAUGUCUCUUUUCCACUGCAGCUACUGGAAAGCGACUGCUCCCAUCUGAAAUGUUAUCGUAAUUUGCAUCAGGAAACCCAACUGCAGACAUUAAGGACUUGGGUGUGUUCAAUUAUGAUUUUGCUGGAGGCUGUCCCUCAUUUUAAUGCUGCACUCAUUGAACUACCUUUCUGAAAUCUAGCUGAUACGGCUCACCACAGACAUGCUUCACAACAUCAUUAGCUUUGCAAAUGGCUUCAUUUCAGUCAAUGCAGACUUCGGGUUUUUUGGCCAAUUGUAAAAUGGAAAUUUGAAAAGGGGGGGAAAAAAAGAGAGAAAAAGGAAAAAAAAAAAAAACAGAUGCACUUAAAACAUGAAAAGAAUUAUUUAUAUGAUAAAAAUAUAUUUAGAUUUUCAAAGCACAAGACUGAACAGAAGUGCUCUUUUUAUGCUUUCUGAAGAUGUUACUGUUAAAAGUCUUUCUACAUCAGGCUUAAUAAAUCUGUAAUGACAUUUGA